UGAAGAUAAUUUAUAAACGACAGAGAAGAAAACAUUUUGUCUUUACCGCCAACCCCACCACCGCUGAUCUUUGGUGACGCUGCUGGUUUUUACAAGUGUAGCCUUGGUUUUUGGAUCGACAGGAUGAUGGCUAGGGGCAAGCAGAGGUGGCGGGGGCGACUGGGACGCCCUGCGUGGGUCGCCCCGGGCUGUCCUGGCCAACGUGGGGGGCUUUCCGGUUGGGCAGACUGUGGUUCUGUGCACAGGUCUGUUACGGGGGGAUCGCAGACUCACUCGCGGGCACACUUCGCCCACUCAAGGACCGCAGCCGGAGCGUUCAAGCAGGGGCCCCGCCGCCCCGCGCCUCGACCCCGCGGACCCGCAAGCUCGCCCGCCCAGCCUCCGCGGCCUGCCUGGCCCCCGCCGGCCGGCCCGCCAGGAGCCGCGCGUCCAUUGGCCGACAGGGCGGCAGCCUGGGCCAAUCACGCGGGGCGGUGGCCCAGCACCCAAUGGGAGCGCGGUGGGCGGGGCGGCAGGCGCGUGCGCACUGGGCCCUACUGCGGCCCCGCCCCCGCCACAAGGGGGCCGCCCUCGUCUGACCUCGGGUUCCCCGGGGCGCCCGGGGUCCUCGCGUGGGGUGCGACCCUGGCCUGUGCUGGAAGUCUGGGCGGGCUCCUGCCUCCUGGCGGGUGCGCCCCCCUCCCCCCCGCCGGCCUCGCCGGGCUGCCCCGGGGUCGGUGCUCGCCCGCCCCUCCUCGGCCCCGGGCGCCCGGACCCUCUAACCUGGACCAGGAGGAGGAAGCGCUGUGUUGCCGCGGAAACGUCAUUAUUGUAGGAGAAUCAGCGCUGCGGUACAAAAGGGAGACGCAGAAUUUACGAGACGGCCCCCUCGGAGAGCGCGGGGCGACAUCUGGCCGCGCAUUCUGUGAGACAAAGGCGUCCCCGGGCCCGCGAGGCCGCAGCGGCUGGGGUCCCCGUCGGGGCGGCCCCGCCUCCCCUUGCCUCCCCCUGCCCCAGCCCCGAAGCCGAGAGGAGAGGUUUCGAGAAUAGGCUUUGGGAGAAUUUCCAUUAGGUCAGCUCUGCUUCAGGGAGUAACUAAUAAAAUCAAGGGCGCCUGAGACCCCCGCCCUUUACGCGGAGAUAACUUAUGACGGGUUCCAAAGGCCGGCGGGGACCCUGGACCUCCA